AUGCUUGCAGUAUGGAUCAUUACUCUUCUUCUUCUCAAUGCAGCCAGAGGAAGGGAAGUUUGCUACAAGAGGCUUGGAUGCUUUUCAGACAGCCCCCCAUGGGCUGGGAUCCCAGGGAGACAACUGGCAGGCUUGCCCAGCUCUCCAGAUGCUGUGAACACAAAUUUCCUUCUUUACACCAGAGAUAACAUGGUGAAACACCAAAGAAUUUCAGCUACAAAUCCUUCAACUAUAAAAGCUUCGAAUUUCCGGGCGCACAGGAAAACUCGUUUCAUUAUACACGGCCACCUUGCUGGAGCAGAUCUCCCCUGGAUAACAAGCAUAUGCAGGUUCAUGUUUCACUCUGAAGAUGUGAACUGCAUUUUGACAGACUGGAGGGACGGCUCCAGUGGUCUGUACACGGACGCCGUCAACAACGUCCGCAUUGUGGGGGCUGAGCUGGAGUACCUGGUGAACUUCCUCGAGAAAGAAUACGGCUACUCUCCUGCCAACAUCCAUUUCAUCGGCCACAGCCUUGGAGCACACGUUGCAGGGGAGGCAGGGAGGAGGAAGCCUGGCAUUGGAAGAAUAACAGGUUUGGAUCCAGCUGGGCCCCUUUUCCAGUACACUCCCACAAUGGUUAGGCUGGAUCCUUCAGAUGCAAAAUUUGUUGAUAUAAUUCAUACUCAUGCUGGUCAUCUUUUCUUUGACUUUGCUCCAGGGAUUCUUCAGACUUGUGGCCACCUGGAUUUUUACCCAAAUGGUGGGAAGAGGAUGCCAGGAUGCAGCCAGCUUCGUGUACCUCCUGCAACCCGGGAUAUCAAUGACCUGAUGAGAGCAGCAUAUGGAUCUUUUGGAUGUGCACAUAAAAGAAGUCUCAGGUAUUAUGCUGAGAGCAUCAUCACUCCAGAUGGAUUUGUGGGGUAUCAGUGUGACACAUACCGACAGUUUGUGUUGGGAGACUGCUUUCCAUGUCCAGAAGAAGGAUGCCCGCUGAUGGGUCAUUAUGCUGAUAAGUUUUUACAUAAAACUGAAAAAGAACAUCAAAAAGUUUAUUUAAACACAGGGUCCUCCCCUCCAUAUGCUCGCUGGCGAAAAGAGAUACAUGUCAAAGUAUGUGCAACAGAAACCAUGAAGGGAAAUAUAGAUAUAGCCUUGACUGGAACUAAUGGGUUCAGAAAAAAAUAUACCAUUGACAAGGGAACUCUCAAACCAGGCAACACAUACUUGAACUACAUUGAUACAGAAAUUUCUGGGAACAUUUCAAAAGUUGAGUUUCUCUGGAAAAAGCAAGUAGGUCAUGCAGACAGAGGCUGCAUGGGAGCCGAAGAAGUCCGAAUAAUAUCUGGGGAAAACGGGAAUAUGUAA